CGAGCGACGACUUGUCAGAUCUGCCGGAGCAAUGAAAGUUAAUGUGCUCGACGACAUUAUUUAUUUGUUUAUAACACGUAAGAGCUGAGCUGCCUGUCCUGUAGGACUGUCGCUAACGACUUGGUUAGCUAAGCCUUACUUUACUUUAGCUGUCUGGCGAACAGCGUAACGUUAACCUGCGCUAACAUGACCAACAAGGAAGGCGGAGAUGUGUGUUAUUUUACAAGACUCGCGUUGAACUAGCGGUGGACUUUGAGGCACGGUAUGCUGCCGUCUGAAUAGCGUUAUUCUAAUCGGAGUGGGCCUUAUAAGACGAAUAGUCUCUCCUCUCUCGUUAAGGUUGGAAAUUCAUUGACGUAACGUCGCGGUGUGUCAGAUGAUUAUAAUGGGCAUGGCCAGUCAGAUUGAGUGUAUAUUCUUCAGUGAGUUUCAUCCCACCUUGGGCCCAAAGAUCACUUACCAGGUUCCAGAGGAGUACAUUUCUCGUGAGCUCUUUGACACGGUGCAGGUUUACAUUAUCACCAAGCCAGAGCUGCAAAACAAACUUAUUACUGUAACUGCGAUGGGAAAGAAACUAACUGGAUGUCCAGUGUGCAUUGAGCAUAAAAAAUACAGUCGCAAUGCCUUGCUCUUUAACCUUGGCUUUGUAUGUGAUGCUCAAAUGAAGACCUGUGCCCUUGAACCAAUUGUGAAGAAGCUAGCCGGGUACCUCACAACUCUGGAGCUGGAGAGUGGCUUCAUAUCCAACGAGGAGAGUAAGCAAAAACUUUUACCCAUAAUGUCAACCUUGUUAGAGGAGCUCAACGCCACAGGAGCUUGCACCUUACCCAUAGACGACUCUAACACUAUUCACUUGAAGCUGAUUGAGCAGCGCAAGGAUCCCAUGAUUGUUCAGGAGUAUGAUGUGCCUGUCUUCACUCAGUGCAAAGACCACUUCAUCAAAUCCCAAUGGGAUCUCACCACGCAACAGAUCUUGCCUUAUAUCGAUGGGUUUAGGCAUGUCCAGAAAAUUUCUGCUGAGGCGGAUGUUGAGCUGAAUCUCGUCCGUAUUGCUGUGCAGAAUUUGCUGUAUUACAGUGUUGUAACCUUGGUGUCUAUAUUUCAGUAUUCUAAUGUGUACUGUACAACCCCCAAAGUCCAGAGCCUCAUAGAUGACAAGUCCAUUCAGGAGGAGUGCCUCAGCUAUGUCACUAAGCAAGGUCAGAAGCGGGCCAGUCUGAGAGAUGUGUUUCAGCUGUACUGUGGUCUGACUCCAGGAACCACUGUUCGGGACCUUUGUUCCCGCUACUCCCAGCAGCUUCAGAGGAUUGACGAGAGGAGGCUCAUCCAGUUUGGUUUGAUGAAACGUCUGAUCCGAAGACUACAGAAGUAUCCCGUAAAGGUGAUCCGCGACGAGAGGAGUCGGCCACCUCGCCUCUACACUGGUUGCCAUAGUUAUGAUGAAAUCUGCUGCAAAACAGGAAUGAGCUACAAAGAACUGGAUGAGAGACUUGAGAACGACCCAAACAUUAUUGUGUGCUGGAAGUGAGGGAGAAAGCCAUUUCAAAAUAAGGAAAACGGAGUUGGAGUCAUACAGUACAGAUGCUUAAAUUUCUGUCUCUUAGACGACAUUGAUAUGCAACCAAAGAUGCCUGUUUUCCCUGCCCCUGGUGUCCCAAACCAUUGAUGGGGAUAAAGUUGUUAGAGAUGAUGUUUAAACGGUGAAGGAAGCAGUUCAUCGUAGUUGUCCGUAGUAUUUUUUUUUAUUCCCUCCCUUUUUUGGAGGGGUGUCAUUCAUUUUUUUUUUUUGUCCCUGAUUAAAUGGACAAAAGUGUGAAUGAUACUAACACAAGGAAGGUCAUUUAUGUACCACUAUUGUUUUUUGUUGACAUAUGUGAUCAAUAAAAAGUCAUCA